UUUUCUUAGCAGAAGUAUCCGAUUAGCAUAACAAUGCUUGCGUGAGGAGUGUCUGAAUUCCUAAACGAUUCGGAAUUCACUGACCGAGUUCGACACAGCACAGUACGGACGUCUUAUUUUCAACGCUUCUUCCACGUGUUAAACUCUAUAGGCCUUAUCGUAAUAGAUCUACGUUUGGAUUCGAUGUUAAAUAUAAAAUAAUGGCGAAUCAAGAAAUUAACCUCGGGUUAUGCCACAAAUUAAAGGCAGUUUCAGAAAAUUUUACUCAAUAAUCUGGAGUCUCUUCGCCUUCUUGUAAGCAAUGCUACAAAGGAAGCAUUGGCUCGUUUAAAGAUUGGGCUGGCUGUUUGAUUAUGUUGAUUCUCGAUACAUUGCCCGGGUCAGCGGAGCUUCUACAACUAAAAAAGGGCGUCGGAGAUGUCUUUCAAAAGGUAAUAAGGUUCAAUAUGAAUAUAAUUCUAGACGCCAGGAGGAGUUGGAUAAGAAAUUUGCCUUAUUAGAGUAAGGUAAGCAGCGGGCGCAGCCCUUGCUUUGCUGAAGUAAGGUAUUGCAGAUAUAAUUAAAAGGAAGAAACAUAUCAGAAAAGCAGAUGAAUCUGAAGCAGGUUAGUGAGAUAAAGAUGAAUGAAAAUUCCAAACUAGGCUAUUGCUUUUGAAAUUUAUGAACGGUUGUACAUAAUAGAUAUGGCCUUAUGUUGUUAAUGGAAGCUGUUCGUUUUCAGCGGAAUUACUUUAUGACUUAAUUAUGGGAGAUUAAUCAAAUAAAUAUAUAGAGAUCAUUUUUAUAUUUUAGGUUGGUCCGCAUUGGAUGAAUACUGAUGAGGGAGAAAAGAAUGAGGCAAGCUCAGGCUUGUGUAAAUAGAAAGCGUAAGUUAUUUCGUUCAACAAACAAAGGUUAUAUUGGGCAAGAAUGUUGGAAAUUUUCAAGGUUCUUCUACUACUUCCGACAACUUAUUUCGUAUACCCUUUGGGUCAAGAAAUCGAUAUUCGCUUGGCAGUGUCGCCAACUUAUAUGUACAAAAUAGUUGGCGCGGGUAUGCAAGUUGCCUCAGACCACCGACGAACGUUUUGCCUGUGGUAGACAUGGGCACUGGAGAAGUUGCCCAGGUAUCAGGAAGCAAGAUCCCAGCAAGAUUCAUCCGUCAGAGAUAACAAUGCUCAACAGAGUUAAAUGAUCCAUUGAUCAUGGUCAAACUGAGCAAGGUAAAUGUCAGUUUUGUUCUGUAUUUGACGAAGUGUGGUAUUUGAGAACUGAAGAGUAGAAUGAUCAGAAGGGCGUAGCAAAGGAAUCUAUUCUUGAUUCUACCUAGUCCAUAAUUAUAUGUUAAGAAAAGAUGUGUUAUUUUGGUUGAAUUCCACCUCUUACUAAUGAACCUAGACAUAGAUAUGACACAGAUCAAACAAUCUGGAAUAUAUUGACUACUCCUGGUCCGUCAGCGGGCCCUUCUAAAUUAAGAAAUACAGAAACAGAGCAUUGUUGAAUUUGUUUCGGUUGGGAAACAUCGAGUAACGUUAGUGUUGAUUCGACAAGAUGUGCAGGGUAGGAGGAAGAAUUUUAUUUGAGAAAUUAUGAGUAUGAUCAAUGAAAUUCAGAACAUUUGGUUAAAGGUAGAUUGAAUGCUUCCUUACAAUUUGGAAAUCAACUGAUGCAUCUCAAUUUGUUGUAGAUGUCAAUGAACAUGGUUACAAAUUACCUUACAAUAAGAUGAUAAGUCAGCAUUGACAUCGAUCCCGAUUUCGUUUCUGAAGCCAUUAACGAAUUAUUAUUAAAAAGGGUUUGGUUGUUGAAUCCACCACUGCACCCCAUGAUGUUACCCCCUUUCAGAUUCAAUUCAGAGUUCAGAUAUAAAAAGAGACUGAUUUUUGGUUAACGUUAUGUCAACUAACACUUGUGGAAGAACACUAUUAUACUUGAAGACUAGAAUGUAGUCAUGUCUUAUUUAAAACAGGGAGAUUUUAUGCUUCCUUUGAACUUAAGCAAGGUUAUCAUCAUUAUUACAUUUUUCAAGUGCAUGAAAAAUUGUAGGCUUUAGUUGGGAUUUUGGUAGUGGUACAAGGUUUUUCUCUUUUUAGGUGUUGUCAUUGGGUUGGCAACAGCUACCUUCGUUUUCAUUACACGAUUUAAGCCUAUCGUUAAUCAUUGGCGUAUAAAAAUGGUAUUUUCAUUUUUUUUUUUUGUAUAUAGAUGAUUGGGUCGUGCUGCUUCCUUUGAUUCGUAUGAUACUAUGGUCAAGACGGUGAAAAAUGACUUACUUGAAGCAGGUUUGAUACCAAAUGUUGAGAAAUAUCUCAAUGGACUCCUGUCCAGUGUUUGGAUUGGUUAGGAAUACCACGGGAAAGCAGAGUAGCUUAUAUAAAGAUUAUUGAAAGAAGGAUGAAGGAUCUUGAGUUAUGUUCAGAUUCAUUUUAAGCAGAAUUGCCUGAGGUUUCAGAACGAAAGAUCGUAGUUAUAGUUGGAAAGAUACAUUGUAUCCAGUGUUUGGCACAGUUACUCAAAUUAAAACCAGAUUUAUGCAUCACGAAAUCAUCCGGAGGGUACAUUGGGAUAGGACAUAAUGUGAUCAAUAGUGUUGAAUUAAUAUUCGUGUUCUUCUUCUGGAGAAGAAUUUGCAUAUUCUUAACGUAAACAUUAUUUCUGCUUAUUCAGUUCCACAGACUUUCAUCUAUUCUGAUGCAAGUCCAUCAGGCUGCGGGGCCUGGGUUUCUGAGUGCGCAGGCAUGAAAUGGGAUGAGAUUGGUUUGAGUUUGAAAUGGUUAAAAACUCCACUUGGAGAGAAUUCAAGUCAGUAAGUAUGACACUGCAAACAGUUGUAUCUCACAUGAGACAUAAAACUGUCAAGGUCCUCUGUGAUAAUAAAGGAGUAGGAUCGAUUGUAAAUAAAGGAAGUAUGAUUGCAGAAUUGCAUGAGAUGAGUUUACACAUCUUUGAGUUGUGUAAAAGAAACAACAUUAGUCUUCACGUUCAUUGGGCUCCCAGAGAGGAGAACCGUUUUGCAGAUGCAUUAAGUCGCAUGAUAGAUUUUGAUGAUUGGGGUGUGUCAGAUGAAUUUUUCGGAUUUUUGGACAAAAUCUGGGGCCCUCACACUGUGGACAGACUUGCGGACGAUUUUAAUUUCAAAAUUAAGAAGUUCAAUUCUAAAUAUUGGUGUCCCCUAAUAGAUCAUGUUGAUCCCUUCUCAUGUGAUUGGUCGGGCGAGAAUAAUUGGUUGGUUCCACCUAUCGAAUGUAUAGCAUGUAUAGGGCAAGUACUUAAGCAUCUGAAGGUUUUGUUCUGCUAGGGGGACUUUGGUUGUUCCCUUCUGGCCGUCUGCACCCUUCUGGCCGAUUAUUUUCUCUGAACAAAGUGAUUUUCGUUCCUUAUUCUCUGAAUACUUCAAAAUUGAUAAUCCUCAAGGAAUUUUCGUUCAAGGCAGAAAUAAUAAUUAAAAAAAAAAAAAAAAAAAAAAACGGUUUGUGAGAGAUGGCUGACAUGAAUGCUGGUAUGUAAUAAAUCCAUUUGAUGGAGGUUAAUUCAAAAUUAUACUGUUGGAAUGCAACAUGUAAUUUUUACACGGCCGCAUGGCAGAUAGCUGCAUAGCUAGGAUCCACUUAUGCUGCAGAGCAAAGAAGUGGUGAUGGAAAUUGGAGAAUGUUAUGAUUAUGUAAAAGGAUAACCAUCGUAAAGGUUGAUAAGGAAUUGAUAUGAGAUUUCAUUCUCAAAUUAGUUACAAUUUACUGGCGGCGGAGCUCAGAAUGAAGAAAUUGGUGAUAAUUGAAAACAUUCAAAGUCUCAAAAUUACAGAAUUCUUGUGAAUGAAAUGUUUCAGAAAGUUUUUUGCAAGUGUUUUAAGGCAAAAAUAAAUAUUUUCGCAAAGGAAAUGAAUCCCAAAGCUAUUGUUUUGCUAAGCCUUCAAGACGAUUGAAACGAAUUAUGAUAUGGAAUUGUGAUCUAAUGAAUUUCAUACUGAAAUUUUAGUGAAAAUAUAAAACCACCUGGUUUGAGGAUAGCUGCAUAGUUAAUGUUUAAUUUUGCUGUCAUUGCUGUAAAACGUAUUAGAAGUGAUUAAAUUUUGAGAAUUUGAUAAGAAUGACUGAACUUGAGAAUUUAUCACAAUUUGAAUAUAUUGUGUUGAGAUAAAUAUAUACCAGCUUAUAAGUUUUGUUUAUUUUUUCUUAAAUCCAGAAAUUCUCUUCAUGAAGGAUAUGAUAUAACUUUGAACAAGGUCUUGACAGCUUCGAGAGCUGAUAACACUAUAAGUAAAUACAACAGAGCGUUGAAUACCUGGAGAGAUUAGUGUAAGCAAAAUAAAGUAAAUUCUGACACAGCAGAACCAGAAGAUAUUAGUCGCUAUCUUAUUCAUUUGUAUCAAAGAGAAGCUCCUUAUUCGAGGAUAGAAUCGGCUUUUUACGCCAUUAAGUGGCAUUUUGACUGCAAGCCAAGGAUGAAUGUUAAUCCCUGUGAUCGCAAGUUCAUACAUAUUGUUUUACAAUGUUUAAAGAAAUUACUAAACAAACCGAUCGUUAAGAAAGAAGUUAUAACCCCAGACAUUUUGAAAGCAGUUGUUGAGAAGUAUGGAUCUUCAACGAGUCUAUUAGAUAUUCGAUUAUGUGCUAUGAUUUUGAUUUCCUACGCAGGCAUUCUACGAUUUGAUGAAAUGAUACAUAUUCGUAAAUGUGAUUUAGACUUGUAUUUGUCUCAUGUGAAUACUUUCAUCAUGAAAAGUAAAACCGAUAUUUACAGGCAAGGAGCAUGGGUUCUUAUAGGUGCUACAAAUUCCCCACCUGCCCCGUAUUAGCUUUGAGGAAAUAUUUGAUUGCAGCGGGGCUUAACGAUGCCUCUGAUGAAGUAUUUCUUUUUAGGCCUCUAAAUUACUGUAAAUCCAGUAAUAGUUACAAGUUAAGACGUGGACAGUUGUCUUAUACUAGAUGUUUAGAAUUAUUGAGAGAGGCGUUGGCGAAAGUAGGGUUGAAUCCAAAGAGUUUUGGCAUGCAUAGCCUCCGAAGUGGCGGAGCCACAGCAGCAGCGAACUUUGGUGUUCCAGACAGGUUGUUUAAGAAACAUGGUAGGUGGAGGUCGGAGACUGCUAAGGAUGGAUAUAUUAAAGACAAUAUGAAGGAUUGUCUUUCAAUUUCUAUGAAUUUGGGGCUUUAGAAUUAUUUUUAUACCGGGUAAAUUAGCCUCAGCCUAGUAUGAUUAUACGUAUAACUUUGUUAAAGAUGGAUUGUAGGCGUUCGAUGAGAUUGUUGAAUGAGACAUGUUAUUAUCAUACAUUUAAAGUUGGUUAAAUUGAAAUGAUUGCGUCGUGUAACUCAUUUUCUUGUUUACCCGUUCUUUGAUUGACUGAGAGGGGGAGCUAUAAGUUUAGCUUGUCUUGCCGUCGAAGCUUGGUGCUCCCCUCGAAACAGGUAUGUUUUUUGUAAAGUAUAUAAAUGUUUUAUAUUUCAGGUGUUGAUGUUGUUGCACUGGUUGUGCUUAAGGAUAGUGAGGCGUGACUGAAAAUAAUUUAUUCACGAUUGAGAGUCGAAUUAGGGAAUAAAUACAUUUUCUUUUCUUAGCAGAAGUAUCCGAUUAGCAUAACAAUGCUUGCGUGAGGAGUGUCUGAAUUCCUAAACGAUUCGGAAUUCACUGACCGAGUUCGACACAGCACAGUACGGACGUCUUAUUCGGGAUGGAUAUGUGGACGAUUGACUGGAUGCAAGAAGAUAGAGCAAAGAGAAUUCUGAUGGAUGAAUAGGCCUUACAGCAUGUACAGUACAUUGAUGAGUUCUUCGAGAUCUGAACUCAGAGGGAGGCCUCAGUACAUUCGUCAGUAAGUACCGUUCGUGCUGUCUUGCCGUCGAAGCUUGGUGCUCCCGAGAGGGGGAGCUAUAAGUUUAGCUUGUCUUGCCGUCGAAGCUUGGUGCUCCCCUCGAAACAGGUAUGUUUUUUGUAAAGUAUAUAAAUGUUUUAUAUUUCAGGUGUUGAUGUUGUUGCACUGGUUGUGCUUAAGGAUAGUGAGGCGUGACUGAAAAUAAUUUAUUCACGAUUGAGAGUCGAAUUAGGGAAUAAGAAUGCUUUUCACCGUAAGGGAUUUUAGAGAUUGAGUAUGAUGGUCUCGUUCGCGGACUCUGUGUGCCUGUAGCAUGCAGUAUUGGGAUAUUUCACUUUAACCUAGUUCUGCCGAUGCAAUUCAACAUCUUCAACAUUCGUAACUAAACGUCUAUAUUCCUCUAUUUGUUACUAUUCUGCUAAGUGUAGUCGCAUUGUAUUGGGAACUUCAAGUGUGUCGAUGACCUUGUUUAAUACCUUGGAAGCCUCCAAUAUUUGGAGUAUGUUGAUAAAAGGUGUCUUUAUUGUUACUCCAUCAGAUGCAAACGCGACUAUCCAAGAGUAAUUGGACCUCACCACUUUCAACGAAUUAGAGAUGAUCCAUGGCUCCACUGGGACUUAAAAAGCACUUCCCCGUUCAGUUCUUUAUAGGUAACACCACACAACAACACGUAACAGCAUCGCAGCAGCAUCGCAAUCCAUUGGCUAAGCUUUGAAUGACGACAUAGCAGCCAUGUAAAUACAUCGACAAUUGUUUGUGAAUUUGCUGCCGUCCAUUUUGUGAGGAAAAGUUUACAAAAUGGAGAGCGCCAAGACCACGCUUCAUACGGCUACCAGGAUCAGUAGCACGCUUUCGACCAAGAAGACGGAGAUACUGGGGAACGAUACCGACAUACAGCUGACCGUGGAGACAUACAUGACAUCGGGAAUCAGUGGAAGUUUGGGAAUACACCCCUCUAUGGUGAACGGUACGAGCAACGACUCAUCGCCAUAUGCUGACGACUUCGGAACCUUCACGAAACCGCCGUGGCACCUUGGUAUAAUCAGCAUCAUCUAUGGCAUCCUCAUCAUAAUAACCGUAGUCGGAAAUAUCUUCGUCAUGGUCGCUUACCAUCGCGACCCAAGGAUUCGACGUAGCGUCGCGAACACGUUCAUCCUCAAUCUCGCCAUUGCCGAUUUCAUAGUUGGGGCUUUCACAUUGCCUGUUUACUUUGGGUGGAACCUCGUGGGUGUGUGGAUAUUCGGAGAAUACUUGUGCAAGGUGUGGUCUUUCGUCGACUUCACAGUGACAGCUAUGUCAGUGAUCACCAUCAUCCUCAUCAGCCUCGAUCGCUACUGGCUGCUCAGCAAGAAGGCAGCUUACGCUUCAUUCCAAACACAGCGACGCGUUGACACGACGAUAGGGAUAUGCUGGUCAGUAGUCUCGGCUAUAUUUCUUGUUCUAAUAUUUGCCUGGUCUGCAAUUGUAGGUCAAUUCAACGUCGACUUCUCAAACUUUUGUGAGAGCGAGUUCGUCUUCAACCUCUCUGCUUUGAUUUGUGUGGUAAUAACAAAUUUUGCUAUUCCUGCCAUGAUCAUAGCGAUCUUGAAUAUUCAGGUUUACAGGAUGAUUCGCGAGCGAGCGAGAGGCAUCGAUGCCUUGGACAAAUCUAUACAGCGUGAAAGUGGUGUCAAAAUAACGUCAGGCAGAACAACAUUCUUGCUUCGUGCUCUGCGCAAGAAGCAAGUGCCUCCCGUCGCCGGAAUAGAAACAAAGACUAAGAAAAGGGACCCUGCGGUCAUCCUCGUCACCGUUACUAACAGAAAAGCCUCAGAAUGCCAUCACAACCCCGCGUACGAACAACAGAGCGAUGUCGCUACGUCGUCAUUGUCGAAUGGUGGGGCAUCGGCUAGCAGUAUCGCGAUAGACGAGAAUAACGUUUGCGCGACGAACGACGAUCAAUCUGGAGAGCGCGAAAACAUGAACGUUGACGAGUCGAUUCAACAGACUCCUGAACUCAAACAGAAUGUUUUCUCGGUGUGCAAAGGGGAGCAACGGAAACACGAAAGCCCCGAAGCAACGCCUAGCUCGAACCUUGAGGGUAUGAAAACUAAAUUGAAGAAGAAACAACGGGAAUUUAAACGGGAACGGAAAGCCGCGUUCAUACUUGCUGUUCUGGUUUCGGUGUUCAUAUUCUGCUGGUUGCCUUACAAUAUUACAGUUGUGAUAGGCAUUAGUUGCAGUUACGAAUGUAUCCCAGAAACAGUCUUCAUAGUGGUGGAGAAUCUAGUUUGGAUCAACAGUGCACUGAAUCCUUUACUGUAUGCUUUCACUAACGUCCAUUUUCGUAGAAACUUUCUGACAUUUUUAGGGUUUGGACGGAUGGCCCGGAAACUAGAAGGACCCCACAGCAUUGCUUGAUUGCUGUUUUUGUAUCAUUAUAAAAAAAAAACAUCUUGAGAACUAUUUUACGAAAUAUUACUAGGAAUUAUUAUAAGAAGUAAACCUAUAGAAUCCUUAUUCAUUUAAUAUAUUUUUUGUAAUUGGGGUCAAGGGGCAUGGCGCCUGAAUAUUUUUUAAUCGGCUCUUGUUUUGAAAGCUCCACUUACCAGCUGCUUUGAAUUUCAUCCUAAUCUCAGGUCUUGCUAUAACAUUAUACUACAUUAAUAUAUGUUAGAAGGUUUAAUUUAAGGGGAAAGAGAUAUAUGGAUAUAUAUAUAUCGUGAUGAUAAGUUUACUUUUACCAGAGGCUCUUGAGCUUAGCUUAUUAAACACAGUGUGGUGAAAGCAGUUGUUGAAAGCAAAUUGUUUGAUAUCCUGUUGAUUGUUUUCAUCACACUAUGUUAAACAUAGAUAUAUAUAUUAUAUCAACUGAUCUUAUGAUUUUCACAUUUAUUUAUUCAAACUGCGUUCUUCUUCUGCUUUUAACCUCUUUUGAUACUAUGUACUUAGAAGGCCCUAAUCCUUUUAUACCGAAGUCGAGUUGUUGCUUAAAAGUUAAAUAUCAGAAAUGACUUGUGACAGUUUCUUUUUUUGUAUUACAUUGUAUUGCUACUGAGUAGUUAAAAAAUGUACCCAAUGGACAUUUCAAUUAAACCCGUGCUCACCAUUCUUGUCUUAACAAAACGUAAAGGUCAAGUCCACCCAAGAAAUUAGUUGAUUUGAAUCAGUAGAGAAAAUCUUAAUCUUAAUGCACAACUACAUGAUAUGUAAACGAGAGAGUCAAUGAUGUCCCUCAUGAUCUAUUAUGUUUGUUAUUUUUUUAAUUAUACAAUAUUACAUUUUCUUGCAGAUUUGACAAUAAGGACCAACUUGACUUUACCAUAAACUGUUAAAAUAAUGGUAAUUCCACAUGUUCAGGGAGGAAUGAAAUUUCGUUUCACAUGUCAUUGAGGAGAAAAAUAUAAUUUUCAUAAUUGAUAUAAUACAAUACAAAAGGAAUAGUGAGUGGGUGGCGUCAUCAGUCGCCUCAUUUGCAUACCAGUCAUGAUGUGCAUAUAACUGUUUUGUGACAUUAAGCGAAACUAUAAAAUGCCAAAACCUUAUUUUGCAUCCGAUUUUGAUGAAAUGUUUAGUGUUAUGCUUGCUGGAAUUGUCCUCCUUUUAUUCAAAUUAACUUUUUGUUGGGGGUGGACUUUGUCUUUGAUAGGAUUUAAACCUGCUUAAGAAUAACAAUGGCACAAUUCGAGUUCGGCCAUCGAUUUGUUGUGUGUGUGUUUGUUGAUCUACAUGUAGCUAUUUUGGUUUAUGUCGUUAUUGUGAUAUUAAGUGAAAAAAGAACACUGAAAAAAUCAUGACUUUAUUUCUCGGCAUCCAAUUGGGGCGAUUUUCAGCGGUUUCUCAUCAGUUUGAUUUCUGUAUUUAUUGAAAGCAACAUUUGCCAUAAAAAUCCCUUUGCGAAAAAGACUUGGUGUCUAAAUGUAAUUAUAUAAUGCGUUUUUUUCAGGGGACAUUCAUGUUCUUAAAAUUCAACCUACCUUUCGGAAAGUUCCCAUUGCACUUAAGGUGUUCAAUGUCUGAACUGUUGUAAGAGUGAAUAUAUCAGUUCGUGCUUUUAGGAAAAACUUGCUUGGCAUUUUACAUUUACUUUGCCAUCCAGUGGAAACUACCAUGGUAACAAUGCUCAUCAGCCAAUCAAAAUCAAGGAUUCCAUGAAAGAUACUAUCGGAUGGCUAAGUUACCAUAAUGGUGAUUUUUAAGUAAGGGGGCCCUGGUGGUGAUUGAACUGCAGAUGAUGGCGAGAAAUAAUUUCAUACUUAAGGGGAUUCAAAAAUUUUGCCUGUCACAGGACAGGUAAUGUGACACGACAUUUUCUCCUGCGACAAUUGCUCCGCGCUCAAUUUCGUCGAAGAUACACUGUUAAAAAAACCGUGAUUUUACAGAAAAAAGAAGAUUUUGCAGAAAGCAAUAACAGAAUCAUUCUGUAAAUUCAUAAAACAAGAAUUUUUCUGCAAUUUAACAGAACAAGUCUGUUUAAAAAGGGGAAAAGAGUGAUUUAUUCAAGGAAAUCUUUAAGAUUCCACACACCAAAUACCAAUUUCCUGUAAGAUUACGCAAUCUGGUAAAAUUACAGGUGUUCUCGAGACUCUGCUGCAGGAACUUCUUUUAUUCUAAGGAUACAUUUUCUAUUAACAGUGUAUGGGGUUAAGGUUGCAAAAGGGUUUGAUGUUUAGGGUAGGGUAUAGUUUUAAACCCAGGGUUGAGGUCGGUCAUUCGAUUAGUGUGUGGAAUUUAGAGCGGAGCAAUUGUCGCCGGAGCAAAUGUCUGGGAACCAGUGGAAAGGAAGAAGACUGAGGUUUUGAUGUAGAUGUUGGGUCUGGAUGAGACGGAGGAUGAUAUGGCAAAGGUGAACAUAAUUUGUUUGUAUGGGCAUCAGGGACCUGGGCUCCGUAACACAAAGAUUAGCGAUCAAUCGCUAAAUGAACUGACCAAUCAAUGUCAAUGUUACACGCGCAUUAGGUUUAAAAUACUGACCAGGGACCAAUCAGUGCGGUUCUUUCAUAUUUGCAAUCCAUCGCAAACCUUUGUGUUACGGAGCCCUGGCCACGGAGGAUUAGUCUAUUGUUACUGGGGUGGUGAGCAUUGUCACAGCACCCCCAGUAACAAUAGAUAAUCCUCCGUGGCCAGGUCCAUUAUGGGCAUGUGUUGAUGAGGGAUGUUGAUGGUGUGUUGAGAUUAAGGACACUUGAGUUUCUGAGUUCAGGUGGUUCGUCUGAGGAGAAGGGGGGGGGGUGGGGGUGUCCGAAGAAAGACAUGGAAGAAGCAAGUGAUGGAGGAGAGUAGAAGUAGGACGGUUGUGUUGAGGGAGGAGGAGGCGCUGAUUGUAUCGUUAAGUGGAUGGAGGAGUUGAGGGCCAAACCUGGAUGACUGACUGUAUUUUGAAGGCAUCAUAUAUUAUUAUUCUGAUAUAAUUCGAUGAAGUAAAAUUUUGCCAUUUUCCAUUCCAAAGUAUAUCCAGAAACUUUUCUGGUAAAAAUACUCAUAGAAUAAAAUGGAAAUCUGCAGACCUGUAUACGCCCAUGUAAAACGUGAUCAUGAUAUUCCACAUGACUCAAGUUGGUAUUUUGAUUUGCAGGUAAUUUAUAUUUGAUUUUCCGGAGAGUAUACAAUCAAAAUGGCGUACAGAUUUGUCAUUUCUUAAAGUGAGGGUGAAUGGAAUAUGUAUCCAUGUGGAUGUGUGAGGGGGCGAUGCGUGUUAAUAUCAAUAUGUAAGGGUGAAUGCGUUAAAAAGAUAAAUAAGGGCGUGUCCGUAUGUCUAAAUGGUAUGGGGGUGUGUGAGGGGUGAGUGUGCGAUGAUGCAAUAGGAGUGGGGAGUGUUUGUUGAUAUCAAUCAUGUGUAUCAAAUUGUUGGAUAGGUGAGAGGGCAUGCAUGCAUUGGGAGGAGUGUAAUUGCGUGCGUGCCGUGUCAGAGCUUUGGCUGUGUGGUGUGGAGGCGCACAAGAGGCGCGCAGUUGAGGGUGUGAUAGAUUGGGCGUGCCUGUGUGUGAGUGUCAAUUGGUAUGUGUGAAGCUGUUUCAUUGGUGAAGGGUAUAUGAUUAUGUUUCAAAUGUUCAAUGUGAAGAUGUGUGGGGGAGCGUGCGAGAGUGUGUUCUGUAUCGGGUGGCAUGUGUGGGUGUGUCACUGAUGUUAUUUUCGAGUAUUACUUUUGAACAUCAUACAAUUUGAUCGAUUCGUUCUGUUCUGCACUGAAGAAGUUGUUAAAUUGUUGUUUAAUUAUCAUAGGGGCAGGCUGGGGCAUAUGCACAUGAUCGAACAUAAAAAAAGGGUGCAUAUUGAUCUCGUUUCUAUUUCCAGUACGUUUCGCUCAAUACUGAUCGAUAAGUAUCAGCAAUAUGAAUGCAUUCCAUCAGAAAGAAACGUAGCCCCUACAAAAUAUUCGAACCCAUUGUCUACACAGCACAACUCUGUAUUCAUUAACUGAUUUAAGCUAUUAAUAUUUUCCUUACGAGAAAAUAUGUUGCCUUGUUGUAUCUAUAGUUUGUUCAUGUAGGCCAGUAUGCCUGCAUGGAUCAGAAAUGGAUGACUGUGAUGUAAAUCAUUUUUUUAUGUAAAUAUAUGAAAUAAUUCAUGCCGUCGAUUUAUGGACAGUAAUGGAAUAAAGGAGAUAUUUAAUUA